UUAGGUUAACGUUAGCAAAUCAACGCGCCUCAGUCUCAUCGGUCCCAGGUACUUCUGCAGACGGCUCACCCACUACUUAGCUAGCUAGCUAGCUAGCUAACUUAACUAUGAAGUGUUUUAAUCGGUCCGGAGUAAGUAAAUAUAGCUAGCUAAGUUAAGCAAGCAAGCUAGCUAACGACCGUUAUCCUAACGACAUUGCAGGGGCCAGGGUAACUUUACUUAGCUAGCUAACGUUAGCUAGUUAGCUAAUUCUAUAGCUAAAGGACUAAUGUUUUUCUUUCUGCCUAGUUAGCUACUGUAUGUAUUAGCAAUGUCAAUUGGUGUCAGUACGUAGACUGGAGCUAGUUACUGGUGCCUUGCUCUUUUCAGAUAAAUUGAGAAGAGAUGGCAUCUUAACACCAGACUAAAUGUUUCCUCCUAUCACCUCUGCUGAAACAGAGAUGAAGAUGUUCUCAGUCUCCCACAAGACGGCCUUCGUGGUCGACCACUGCCCUUACAUGGCAGAGUCCAGUCGGCAGCAGGUGGAGUGUGACGUGCUGACCAAGAGUCGUGGCCAGGGCAUGAUCCCGCUGGCCCCAGUGACCAAAUCCCUGUGGACCUGCGCUGUGGAGUGCUCCAUGGAGUACUGCCGUAUCCUCUACGACGUUUACCCCCUCAAGAAACUGGUGAGGCCAUCCCUUAGCCUGGUGGUCUAGUCUGUUUUAGCCCAGGUCAGAAUGGAGUAUAGUCAGUUUGUGCGUUGGCCAACUCCUCUGUGUUUAUUCAUAUUCCGAGUUGGCCACAGCACGUUAUAAUGCUUUAAUGGUUAUGUUUCAGGUCAACUACAUUGUGAGUGAUUCAGAGUUCCACAUUCUGAACAGCUGGAGGCAAGAGGACCAAAGCACUCAUGAGGUAAUGUAUUUUCAAGAGAAGGAUGCUUAUUUACAGUGCAUUCGGAAAGUACUCAGACCUCUUCCCUUUUUCCACAUGUUGUUACAUUGCAGCCUUAUUCUAAAAUUGAUUAAAUAAAACAUUUUCCUGAUCAAUCUACACACAAUACCCCAUAAUGACAAAGCGGAAACAGGUUUUUAGAAAUUUUUGCAAACUUAUUUACAUAAGUAUUCAGACCCUUUGCUAUGAGACUCGAAAAAAGAGCUCAGGUGCAUCCUGUUUCUAUUGAUCAUCCUUGAGAUGUUUCUACAACUUGAUUGGAGUCCCCAUGUGGUAAAUUCAAUUGAUUGGACAUAAUUUGGAAAGGCACACACCUGUCUAUAUAAGGUCCCACAGUUGACAGUGCAUGUCAGAGCAAAAACCAAGCAUAGAGGUCAAAGGAAUUGUCCGUAGAGCUCCGAGACAGGAUUGUGUCGAGGCACAGAUCUGGGGAAGGGUACCAAAACAUUUCUGCAGCAUUGAAGAUCCCCAAGAACACAGUGGCCUCCAUUCUUAAAUGGAAGAAGUUUGGAACCACUAAGACUCUUCCUAGAGCUGGCCGUCCGGCCAAACUAAGCAAUCGGGGGAGAAGGGCCUUGGUCAGGGAGGUGACCAAGAACCCGAUGGUCACUCUGACAGAGCUCCAGAGUUCCUCUGUGGAGAUGGCAGAACCUUCCAGAAGGACAACCAUCUUUGCAGCAUUCCACCAAUCAGGCCUUUAUGGUAGAGUAGCCGGACGGAAGCCACUCCUCAGUAAAAGGCACAUGACAGCCCGCUUGGAGUUUACCAAAAGGAACCUAAAGGACUCAGACCAUGAGAAACAAGAUUCUCUGGUCUGAUGAAGCCAAGAUUGAACUCUUUGGCCUGAAUGCCAAGCAUCACGUCUGGAGGAAACAAGGCACCAUCCAUACAGUGAAGCAUGUUGGUGGCAACAUCAUGCUGUGGGGAUGUUUUUCAGCGGCAUGGACUGGGAGGCUAGUCAGGAUUGAGGGAAAGAUGAACGGAGCAAAGUACAGAGAGAUCCUUGAUGAAAACCUGCUUCAGAGUGCUCAGGACCUUAGACUGGGGAGAUGGUUCACCUUCCAACAGGACAACGACCUUAAGCACACAGCCAAGUCAACGCAGGAUUGGCUUCGGGACAAGUCUCAAUGUCCUUGAGUGGCCCAGCCAGAGCCCGGACUUGAGCCUGAUCGAACAUCUCUGGAGAGACCUGAAAAUAGCUGUGCAGCGACGCUCCCCAUCCAACCUGACAGAGCUUGAGAGGAUAUGCAGAGAAGAAUGGGACAAACUCCCCAAAUACAGGUGUGCCAAGCUUGUAGCGUCAUACCCAAGAAGACUCCAGGCUGUAAUCGCUGCCAAAGGUGCUUCAACAAAGUACUGAGUAAAGGGUCUGAAUACUUACGUAAAUGUGAUAUUUCAGUUUUUUAUUUGUAAUACAUUUGCAAAAAUUUCAAUAAAAUGUUUUUUUCUUUGUAAUUACGGGGUAUUGUGUGUCGAUUUAAUGAGGGGGAAAAACAAUUUCAUCCAUUUUAGAAUAAGGCUGUAAUGUAACAAUGUGGAAAAAGUCAAGGGGUCUGAAUACUUUCCGAAUGCACUGUAUCAACAGGGCAACAAUUGUGUACAGCACUAAUUCUAUAUUCUAAGCAAUUGUUGAAAGUCUACAGCUUUUUGCUAUUGCAGCACUCACUACACUACCCAUUCUCGUAGUCUCAUUUUGAUUGAGGUUAACCAGUCCUGUCUCGAUAGAUAGAGAGAGAGAGCUCUUGUUGUAAUUUAUGGUUGACUUUAUCUGCUUCCUUUUUGUAUUCCUGUGAUAGCUCAUGUCUGCUCUGGCAGCUGUGGGUCCACCUAACCCGCAGGAGGACCCUGAGUGUUGCAGCGUCCUGCACGGGCUGCUGGCAGCGGUGGAGUCACUGUGUAAAAUCACAGAGUACCAGCACGAGGCGCGCACCACCCUCAUGGACACGGCCGACAGGGUGGCCAACAGGGGGCGCAUUAUCUGCCUCACAAACGCCAAGAGGUAAACAUUAAGACUUAGUAAACCUGUUUUUAUUUAUUAUAUACCAUUUUUUAGGGGAUAGAUCAGCUUCGAAGUUAACAGAUAGUUCCAAUCUAUCAAAUAACAUUACUUGCAUCAUUUCUAUUCCCCUUUUUUAAUAUAUAUGUUUUGUUAUGCCCCUACCCCCCUCUCCCCUAGUUGGAGGACCUGUGGAAAACAUAACAAUUCUAUACAUACACUGAGUGUACAUGACAUAGACCAGGGAUCAUCAACUUGAUUCAGCUGCGGGCCGAUUUUCUUCUUGAGCGGAUGGUCAGGGGGCCGGAACAUAAUUGCAAAUAAUUUAUAGGCUGCAAAUUGACUGCAAGAAGCCCAAACAGAAGACUAAAGCCUAAUCACUUCAAACCUUGCUAACAUUUGUAUACAAUUAAAUAUUUUUAUUAUGCGUGGUAAUACUUCGGAACAGAUAUCCAAAAUUAAAAUCACUUGGAACUGAUUUGCUGGUCUUUUUAGUCUUUUAUGUCCAACAAUAAACACAUUUAUUGUUUAAAAAAUGUAGUUCAGAAAAAUUUGGCGGGCCCGGCAGUUGGGGAACCCUGACAUAGACUGAUCGGGUGAAUCCAGGUGAAAGCUAUGAUCCCUUAUUGAUGUCACUUGUUAAAUCCACUUCAAUCAGUGUAGAUCAGGCCUCUCCAACCCUGUAUUGGGACUGUUCUGAGGAAAAAGGGGUGGGUGCAACUCAAUAUUAGGAAGGUGUUCCUAAUGUUUUGUGUACUCAGUGUAUAUAUGUUUCUUUCCUAAUCAUACUGGAUUCCAAGUGUAUCGGCCAAUCAACCAAUCACUCAAAUCUUAAUUCCAACCCUCAGAUGUCCACAGACUAAACCCAUCUUUCCCAGUACACUACAGUUUUACUAUUUCCUUUUGCAAUCCAUCCUUCUAUUUUACUGUGAAGUCUUACGAGGGUCUUGAACCUCUCUGUUUGUACCAAGAUUUCCCUUAAAAUAAAUACACAUAUUUCCCAUUGAUUGACAGUGGUUUUUACAGAUCUCCUAACAGUACUGUUUGUAGGUCCCUCUGAACACAGAUGUUAUGACUUAACAACCACUCCUGGACCUGACUCCAAAAGCGAGCCACUGAAGGACAGCACCAAAAGAGAGGAUCUAUUGACUCUGUUAAACCUGGUUAUUAAUUGAGAACCUGUAGAUACUGAAGUAAUACCCAUCUUUUGAAGGCGUCCAUGGAAACCCUAAUGGGAUAUUGUGUGUUUCUGUCUGUUACACAGUGACACCCAUGUGCGAAUGCUGGAGGACUGUGUGCAAGAGACCAUUCUAGACCAAAACAAGAUGGCAGCAGGCUCAGACAGGUCAGUAUGAGAGGUUGAGAAGAGAAUAAGACUGUUUUCUACGCUCUUUAGUGGGGAUAAAAUAAGAUGAACUUUAGAAGUCACUGAAUUUUGGGGAGAUUUUUGAUGGGAGAUUUUAAAUGGAUUUAGGGCUUAGAGGGGAUCCUAGAGAAGUGUCUUGAAUCCUUCCGAUGCAUUCCAAUGUGUCUCUGCGUUUCAGACUGAUGCCCAUCCAGCAGUGUGAGCUGGUGCUCGUCCACAUCUUCCCUCAGGUUGGGGACACCCUGGUCUCGGACCGGCCAAAGAAAGAGGUAGGUUUAAACCUGCUCAGGGUUACAUUAAAUGGACUCUUUAAUGUUUUCACCUAGUCUAAAGGUUCAUCUAGAUAUGUAUAACAUCGCUCCAAACACACUUUGUCAUAUCAACGCAUACUUAAUCUGAUGUAGAUAAAGUAUACUGUUAGUAUUCAGUAAACGUGUGCUCAUUUCCACAUGCUGUAGUUACAAGUUCUAUAGAGAUGACAUACAAUAAAAAAGGCAUGCUAAUUUGUUAGUGUUAAAGUCCUACAUAGUCCUCCUCUGUACCGGCAGGUCUCCUCUCUGCUGACCAGCGAGGUUCACAGUGUGCGGGCAGGGAGGCACCUGGCCACCAAACUCAACAUUCUAGUGCAGCAACACUUUGACCUUGCCUCCACCACCAUCACCAACAUCCCAAUGAAGGUACGUCUUCUGUCCUCUGCUCUCCCAAGGCUCAGGUCUUCACCAGCCCCAUCUAUAUAACCUUUCACCCCACCCAUUACUUACUUCAGGGCUGUGUCCCAGCAAUCUUGAGUUAACUAUUUUCCCGCCUCCUUCACAUCAUGACAUGUUAGAUGAACAAUUUAAGGUAUAAGAUGGGCUAUUAUUUAUGGCGGGACAAACUUUUGAAAAUGGCGUCGUCCCGUCUUCAAAAUGACCUAUCCUGACGCGCUCCACUUAUUUUCUCUGCAUCCACAAACCAACACAUUACACAUUUUCCCAUGGGGGGUCAGUAUGAAAAAUGUAUGCACUCACUAACUGUAAGUCGCUCUGGAUAAGAGUGUCUGCUAAAUGACUAAAAAUGUAAAUGUAAAAAAAUUCUACUGGCACUUCCACCCAAUGCACCUAUCGCUUCACUCGCCUCAACCUUCUGAUACCCUAACCUUGCCACACCACCCACCCCAUCCUCGGCUCCUCUUCUUCCCUGUCAGCCAUUGUGUACGAUGAUUUUACACCCUCUUCUUUAUUUGUUCAUCAUGUUGAAAUGACUCUUGGAACCGCUGCUGUUUUCAUGCUGUAUUUUCUGUUUUGCUAGCCCACAUUAAAUGUUUGCGAGCAGGUCAGUACUCUUAAACACACACCAAGAGGGACCGCAGAACGCAAGGCUGUGUGGAUUGGUUUUGUCCAUCCAUCGGACGCUCAACGGCCCUCACUUUUGAUUGGCCCCCGAUUGUCCACGUGACAUUCCAGCAGCCAAUCAGAGUUGAGAGUGUUAGCAUGUUUGGUGGAUGAGAGUGUACACAUUACGUGCCCUGUAGUUUGCCACCCCCCCCCCCCCCCCCCCCCCCCACCCCACCCCACUCCGGCCUCAUCCUGUCUGACUCCUUGUUGGUGCCUUCUCUACCUGUGAGAGUUGGUUGGUCGCAGUCCCUCCUUGUCUUGCUGUGGUCCUUUGUGCUGUGUUGAGUAGUAUGUAUUGAUAUCAGACCACCCUCUGUCCCUCCUUUUCUUUCCCUCGUUCUCUCUUUCUUUCUCUCAUUUGAAUAAUAAGUCAUUUAGUCCUUCGCCAUGACAGGCAGGUAGAUGCCUAUCUCCUAUCCUUCGCCCCUGAUGUUUUUGUCCUCCAUGUAUUCCUAUGUUAUUCAUCUGGGUUAGAAAACAUGUACGGCCCUUUUCACUGAAAUACACAUAUAAAUAAACUUUAGACUGCAGCAACCACACCUAUCCAUCUUCACAUCACCGGAAUGAACUAAUAGGAAGAACGAAAGAGAGCACAAACAGAGAGAGAGAGCCAGAGAGAGAGAGAGAGAGACGAUGCAAAGAUCAGUGGUUUAUGCCUUUGCUGGUCCUUCUCAAACCCUUGUUGUGAACAUGAAAGCAGCAGUGUUUGUCUUGAUGACAGCAGUGCACUCACUGCUGCAAGUCGCUCUGGAGAAAUGACUACAAUGUAAAUGAAAAUGAAACCUCAUUGAUGUCUCUUUUUUUUGGUCUUCCCUUUCUCUUGUGGGUGUGAAGGAGGAGCAGCACGCCAACACGUCGGCCAAUUACGACGUAGAGCUCCUGCAUCACAGGGAUGCCCAUCUUGAGUUCUUCAAAAGUGGUGAGGUUUUAAGAAAUAAUAAAAUAAUCAGAGUUGUAUUGUUUUGGCCACUAAAUGAUUGUGGCUUUUAGUGUCUUGGCCAUAAACCACUACAGUAAACAUUCAGUAAGACUCUUUGUCCCUUUCGUCUCUCCUCUUUUUCUGUUGCUUAGGCGACCUGCACAUGGCUGGCAGUACGAGUCGAGACAGUGGACUUAAGGAGACGGUGACUCUUAAGUGGUGCACUCCUCGCACCAACAGUGUAGGUAGGCACCAUGAACCCUGGGAAAUGUAGUUAUUUUUUGUAUGUUGCGCUAACUGAAAGAAAAGUCCCGGGAGAGGUGGGGCUUGGGCUUGAGAUUUGAAAUUAUAAAGAUAAAAAAAGAGAUUGAAAAAUGGCUAGAAAAUGUCAUUGAUAUCGACACAUCAAAAUCCCAAGAGCUUUUCAUGUUGUAAUAUUCUCCUUUGGCUUAUCUGGAUAUUUCCCAUCUUUCUUGCGUGUGUGUCUGUGUGUGAACUGGUGGCUCAGAACUUCACUACUGCACUGGAGCCUAUCGGAUCUCGCCUACGGACGUCAACAGCCGACCCUCAUCCUGUUUGACCAACUUCUUGCUGAACGGUGAGCCUGAAUAUUUUUGCCUGACCCCUUGCCUCUACCCCUUACCCUAAAUAUUAUUAAUACUACUGAAAGUACAAACAAAUGUAGUUGAAAUACAGAUGGUGAUUGAUUGCAUUGCAGGUCGCUCAGUGCUGCUGGAGCAGCCCAGGAAGUCCGGGUCAAAGGUUAUCAGCCACAUGCUGAGCAGCCACGGCGGGGAGAUCUUCCUGCACGUGCUCAAUAGCACCCGGUCCACCCUGGAGGACCCUCCCUCCAUCAGCGAGGGCUGCGGGGGGCGGGUGACUGACUACCGCAUCACUGUAAGCCCCUCCCACCCCUUCCUCCUCUACCCAUAGUGACUGACUACCACAUCACUGUAAGCCCCUCCCACCCCUUCCUCUUCUACCCCAUAGUGACUGACUACCACAUCACUGUAAGCCCCUCCCACCCCUUCUUCCUCUACCUCAUAGUGACUGACUACCACAUCACUGUAAGGAGCAGAGGAGGUUCAGCCACAACUAAUUGGAGUUUGUUUACAAAUGUAAUGCAUACAAAAUGUCAACGUGAAGAAACACAAACAACAAAUUGGUAUAACAGCUGUGUACUGAGUUCUAUGUAACAAUGUGUACCUGCAAUGUAAUGUCCUAUAUUUACACUGUGUCUAUGUAACUACCAUGUUAACACUGGUAGGUAUAAACAAUCACUUACUCUAAAGUGGGACCAAAAGUUUUAUACCAGUCUUUUUGGUGUCUGCCCCAGGACUUUGGCGAGUUUAUGAGGGAGAACCGUCUGACUCCUGUCCCAGAGUCCCCAGACACUGAGGCUAGUGGGAAGCCCCCGGCGGAGAGGGCCAAAGCCCAGCUGGAGCGCUACACUCGCUAUUGGCCAAUGAUCAUCUCCCAGACCACCAUCUUCAACAUGCAGGCAGUGAGCAGGACAGCAGCCUUCCUUCACACUCUGCACAGUUGCUCACCUUACAGCACUCAGUUGAUUUAUUUUUCAACCAUGUGAGUAAUUUUGUGUGAAUUGUGUGUGUGUGUUCAUUGUAUGUGUGUGACUGUGUGUGUGAUCCAGGUGGUUCCACUGGCUAACCUCAUAGUGAAGGAGAGUCUGAGUGAGGAGGACUUGCUGACCUGCCAGAAGACAGUUUACAACCUGGUGGAUAUGGAGAGGAAGAAUGACCCUCUCCCCAUCUCCACUGUGGGCUCCAGGGGCAAGGGCCCUAAAAGGUAGUCUGUCUCUGUGUGUGAAACUGAUGUUGUGACUGAGUGUCCCUCCCUGAGUGUUUAGGAGUGGGAACAGUGUGUGUGUGUGUGUGUGUUUGUACGUGGGUGGGUGUGUCUGUAUGUGUGUGCGUUUGUAUGUUAGGUAUGUGUGAGAGAGAGAGAGAGAGGGAGAGAGUGAAUUAGGGAGAGAGACUGAAAGUGUAACUGAGUGUCGCUCCCAGAGUGUUUGGAGGUCGGGGACCGUAUAUAAGUUCAGUGUGUGUUCCUGGUCUCCUGUCCUGACUGGUUAAUGUCUCCUCUGGGCUUUAGGGAUGAGCAGUACCGUAUCAUGUGGAACGAGCUGGAGACUCUGGUGAAGACCCACGUGGCGGGCAGCGAGCGACACCAAAGGGUUCUGGACUGCAUCAGCGCCUGCCGCAGCAAACCCCCCGAGGAGGAGGAGAGGAAGAAACGGGGGAGGAAGAGGGAGGACAAGGAGGACAAGGCAGAGAAGAACAGCAACAAGGAUUCAGAGGACAAGAGCUGGCAGGAGUCAGAGAGGUCAGGGUGACACACAACGCAUACAUUUUGAAUUACCUAAGCGUGACCUACUGUUUUAAAAAGCAACUUUUAGAAAUUAUUUUUUAUAAAAAAAUAUCUAUGAUAAAAUAAACAUAUAUUUAAAAAUAAAUAAACAUAUUAUAAAAUAAAAAACAUUAUUAUAAUAAUAAUUUGAAAAAUUAUAAUAAAAAAUAACAAUUAUUAUAAUAAUCAUAAAAAAUGUAUGCGUACAGCGGUGGUACAUUUGUCAGAAUGAAAAGGGUGCUGGUACUCAUUUUAAUAUAGUCUUACCGGUUUAGUAUUUUACCCUGGUAUUCUCCUGGUCACUGUGUUGCAUUCCUCCACCAGGCUGAAGGGGGCGCUAGAGCGUGGAAAGGAGGAGCAGGGGGAGUCGGAGGUCAUUAAGGAUUCUCCUGACUCACCAGAGCCUCUCAACAAGAAGCCCCGUCUGGAAGAGAUCCAGCUACCUGAAAAAGCCAAAGGUGCAUGCUCCUUGGCCUUAUUGCCCUCAGAUCCAUGGUGUGACCUGGCAUGUUUGUCGAAUGCCAUGUUCACGGUUAUCAUUGCAAUAACAUAGUAUACCAUUAUUAUUCAUUUUCUGUCUCAUCACUGCAUUAAUUAGCUUUUUUAUUCAGAGACAAUACCUUGAUAAGGCGUGACAUUACAAGUAUUGUCCCUUUUGACUGAUCUUUCUGUCUCUGUGUGUGUUUUCGGCCUGUGGUUACAAUGUAGGUCCGGUGUCCCUGCUCACCAUGUGGACGAACAGAAUCACUGUGGCCAACUCCAGGAAACACCAGGAGUUUGCCGGAAGGAUCAGCUCUGUGAACAACAAGGCAGAGUUAUACCAGCACCUUAAAGAUGAGAAUGGGUGUGUGAUAAUGUACUGUAUAUAACCAUUCCCCAUAUAACAGUGUAUUAUAGCCCCUCGUUUUAGUUAAGCAAUAAGUCCCGAAGAGGUGUGGUAUAUGGCCAAUAUACCACGGCUAAGGGCUGUUCUUAAGCAAGAUUUAACGUGGAGUGCCUGUAUACAGCCCCUUAGCCGUGGUAUAUUGGCCAUGUACCACAAACCCCAGAGGCAUCUUAUUGCUAUUAUAAACUGGUUACCAAAGUAAUUAGAGCAGUAAAGAUGCAUGUUUUGUCAUACCCGUGGUAUACAGUCUGAUAUACCACAGCUGUCAACCAAUCAGCAUUCAGGGCUCGAACCACCCAGUUUAUGUUUAAUAGAGAUGUUCUAGUUUGUUUUCGUGACUGAAAUCUGAUUGUCCAGUGCCUGUUAUGGAGUAGAGGUCUUAUGAUAAAUUAUUUUGUCUACUUUUUUCUACUGUUAACAGAAUGGACCUCCAGGAGAAUGGGAAAGGCACCAGAUGAUGUGACCUGUCCCUAUACAGGAUGCACCCACUCCACCGAACACCUUACCACAGCAGGAACAUGAGCUUGGACCAGAGAUCAUGUCAAUCUGAGGUGUAUGGACUGUCCUCCCCUGCUAUGUCCAUACCAAGCAUAGAAAAAUGGAUAGCAGUCAGACUUUGGAUUUUUAGGAGUGAUUUUUUUGUUUGUUUUCUACCCACGUUUGUAUGGAUAGGCUCACAUAUUGUGUGAAGCAAUAAAGUUGUCAACAGGCAGUGUUCAUUUCUGUGCCAUUCUACUUUUCUUUAAAAUGUGUUAUUUUAACUAGUAUGGUUAUGACCUCAUGGUUAGGUUCAUGUUAUGGUGACCGUGAACAGUUGGUCUCAAGUAUAACACAAUGCUGUUUUGUCAGUUUGCAAGGUUUUUGUCUGAAAUAUAGUCCAAUCCACCUAUGGUGAUAUUGUAUCUUAAUUCUACUUUAAGAUUCCUCAAUGAAAUGAAAAACAAACAUUUUAGGAGGGUGUUAAUGCUUUAUGGUGUAAGUUUUGGUACAUAGAAAUACAACCCUCGUAGUGGC